AUCCCCUCCCCUCAAGCAACGCACACCGCGGCGAUCAGCAUGGUGCGCUUCAAGAAUCGCUGGCUGCUCCUCUCCCUCACCGACUCCUCCUCCUCCGCCUCCGCCUCCGCAUCCGCCCUCUCGCCCUCCUCCCUCGUGCGCGCCCUGCGCGCCUCGCUCGCGCUCAACUUCGGCGAUGCAGGCGCCGGCGCACUCUCCGGCGGCGUGGCGUGCCGCUACGUGCAGCCGCGCACGGGCAUCGCCAUUGUGCGCUGCGCACGCGACGCGGCCACGCACGUCAUGAUCGCCGCGGCGCUGCUGGGCGAGGUGGAGGGGAGGCGGAUGAGGUGCUGUGUGAGGUGGUGUGGCGGUGAGUGGCGACAUGUGUGGCCUGGCUGGGCCCUGGUGAUGCAGAAGAGAGAGAGAUGGGCGGGCAAGGGCGCCAGUGAUGUGCUCUGCUGGCGCAGCAGCGUCCUGCCUGCCUCCCAGGCGCCCACCUUCACGGGGCUCACGAGGCUGACACCCUUUUCCUUCGCUCGAUGCAUCGCAGGCACGGUGAAGAAAGUGCAGCUCAAAGCCAUUGCCCUCUCGAGGGCGCGCUUGGUGGCGCUGCAGCGCGAAAAGAGGAGAUUGGCGAGGUGCAGCUUGGCCGAGGGAGCGGCGGCGACGGCGAUGGCGACGGCGACGACUGCAAUGGGCCAAGAGACGACUGCGACGCCGCUGCUGCUGAAGUCAUGCGCGGACGAAGAUGAUGGCAAGCUCGAUAAGGCGACGCAGGAGGAGAUGAGGAAGAUAGAGAGGGAGAUCCGGGAGGUGAGGACGUGAGUCUCUCACCUUUCCUUGCGGGAUGGACGAGAGGUAUCUGCAUAGAAUAGGACACCCUCGCCUUGCCUUGCUCAGGCAGCUCGAGCCCGAAAAAAAAAAAUCGAGGGGCUUGGCGGCGCCAGGUCC